CAUAUAUUAGCGCGUUUACGGUAGCUCAAUUUGCAAUAGGGAGGGACCUUAGGGCCAAACAGCGCUCUCAUUGUCACUGCAUCCCCACUCACACACACAGGGGUAUUAGUGUCAGAGCCGCUCAGCAGCUUAAACCUGCAGAAGCCGCUGGCCUCCCUUUGGUCCUUCCUUACAGACACAAAAAAUCUGGACUCACCUCACCAGGUCUGAGCAGACGGUUCAGCUAAAACUUUUUCCUGGUUCGAUAAUCAGGGGAGAUCACUUUCCAGCUCAGACCCAUCAGGUGACUCGCAGGCAGACAUGGCAGACGGCAGGCAGCCAGAGGACCACUGGACCGAGAACGGCCAGGAGCACGGCGAGAAUGGCUACUCCUCCUACAGCUACAGGGAGAACGGCUACCAUGGGGGAGCAGCUGCACAAGCUGGAGCAACAGUGGAUGACUCGGCCAACUUGCCUCCCUCCCCUCCCCCCUCUCCGUCCGCUGAGCAGACUGGGCCUGUGGCACAAGAGGAAAAAGUAGAGGUUGUCAGUCAAAAAGCACAACCGGAGGAAGUGGCAUAUGAACAACCUGGAGACUUCCAAUUAAAGCAGACAGAUUGUGUAAGGGAGCCCCAGGCUUUGGGCAUCCAGAAGGUCCAAACUCCUGAGGCCAUCAAUGGAGGAGAUCACCAAGGUGAACAGAGCCCAACACAACAAGCUCAGCUGGCGGAGAAGAGCAAGGCAUCUAGCGAGUCUGAUGUGCAAAAAGGUGAAUGUCCUGGAGCAUCUGAAGAAGAACCUCCCUUAAGUACACUUCCCUUACCCAAUACUUCAACUCAAGAUCCUUCUGAAGUUUCUUCGGUUGAACAUGAUUAUAAAGGGAAAGAAGAUUUCGUAGAAGGAUCCACAGAUGGCUGCAAGCUUUUGGAGUCUGAAGCCAAGAACCAAACAAUGGCAGAAGAAGUAUCAAGUAUUCAGAUGGAAGAUAAUCCUGGAGUUAUGUUACCCAAUAAAUCUCAAACCUCUUUGAAUGAAACCAUUGAAAAAAUGGAGAAAGAGGAAGUAACGUAUCAGAGCAACAAGCAAGCUGACAUUGAAAAAGGUGGGCUUGGUAGUGAAACAGUCCAGUUGACAGAAGGAUUGGAUAAAGACAAAUACUGUGGAUCAAAAACCUACUUCGAGACAACAUCAGAAAGCUAUUAUGAACUCAAUUUGACCUCUGAGAAAAUUUCAAGUAUAGAGCAUGACAGAGGUGUCGAUAGCAUUGAAGAACAAGAGAAGAAAAAAGUGAGGGCAUUGCCAGGUAAAGCAUCUUUAGACCAACGAAGACUGUCCUUGAACAUUCCUGGAGGUUCUUCAACGGAACCAACCGUAAAAAUUGACAAGUCAAGAAGAUUCUCUGAAAGCUUGUGUCCAAUAAGUGGAAGUUUUGAUGGGUCAGAUGUUCCUCCUUUAACCCCGUUUGUUGAGGUGCACACAUCACAAUUUCUGCCUGUUGUCUCCAUAACGCCAACACCUACAACUUCUGACAGCAUCCAAACAAAGGAAGGAGAUAAUACUGAGGAGCAUGGUUCCAGCUCUGAACAAUCAGAAAGCUUGUCUGACAUGUUAGACUUGGCCGGUUUCCCACUUCGUCCACCUCUACAGAUGAAGGACCAAAUGAGACGAAAAUCAAUGCCAGCCAGUGCGCUCCUUGGCAGUAACUUUGACAAGCUUAAUUUAUCAGAGCAAAUCUUGACAGAGGUGGAAGGGGAGAAUCAACAAGAGGACAUUGGCUACUGCGUGUUCAGUGAAUAUUCGGCACCCAUGCCAUCUCCUGCUGAUGUACCAAGUCCUGGGGAUUCUCAACACCAGCACUUUCCCUCUUUGGGUUCUGAAGAAGAGUCUGCAAGUGUUUUGGAAAUCGAAGCUGGUCAUAUUCAAAUGCUAGACAAGAGUCUGACAGAAAUAAUCCAGACUUCUCAAAAUCCUGUGUUGGAAAAGAAAGAUCCACCAGUAAAGACUUCCUUGAUUCUAGAGAAAGCUGUUACUAGUGGUAUAAAACCAGAUCGCUUACGAAUCCCAAUGACAACCUCUAAGGACCGCCUUACUGAACUCCGUCUGGAGACUGGCCUACCUGGAGACAUUAAGAUACAAGCAAUCCCUGAAGUGGAUGUUGAAAAGGACCCCUCUAGAGAGGCCUCACCCAUCCCACCAGACAACUCAUUUACUUUCACUUCUGCAGAAACUGGAAGUAGAGUUCCCCUGAGUCCUACCAGCCCUAGGUCCCCAGCUGAAGGAAACCCAGAAAGUCAAAGUGGAAAGAGGCUUGAGAAAGAGCCUGACAACUCUUCAGAGGCCAAAAGAAUUGAUGAAGAACUACAGCUGAGCAAAGAUGUAAAAGACCCUGAGGUUAAAGGUCAAGAAGAAAAAGCUGACAAACCAGAAGGAACUACAACAGCCAAGUCUCCAGCAUCAUUAGAACCUUUACAAGAUAAUGUGGAAGAAAAGCCUUUAAGAACAGGAGAGAUAGAAUCACAAACACCCUCAGGCAGUGCUCAACAUUUAAGCCUAGAAAAGCCAGCAGGUGACAAGAAUCCACGCAUGCAAUUACCAGAGGUAACUCUAACAAAUGAUUCCCCAAAGCCACAAUUAUCGUCUCCAAUCAUUGUAAUACCUCAAGCCGAAGUAGACGAAGAAGACGAUGACAUUGAGAUUGCGGAAGAGCCUCAAGAGAUUAUGGAAGAACCUCAGCAGAUUCUGCAUUCCAAGAGAGACACAACAGAGGAAAGUAUCCCUGGUGAACCUGAAAUAGAGGAGGAAAAGCAGGACCAAAUGAGACUGAUGGUCUGUAAUAAGAUGCUGGACGAUGACCCCAAGUCUGGAGCUGAAGAAUGGAGCCAUAGUGCACUGAAUAGUGAUGAAGGGGAGCCUGCGACAGAUAGUUCGCACCUGUCUCCAUGUUCUGACCACGACCUCCCACAGCAAUCAAAGGAAGGUGAUGAAGAAUAUAAGGAAGAGGAGUUACCCAUAGUAAAGCUGGAAGGGACAAAGGAAGAGGAAGGGGAACCAGAUGAUGGAAACAAGACAAAAGUGGCGGUUAAAGAAGACGAUGUCAAACCCAAUGUAGAGAUUGGUGAAGAAGAGACCAGUUUAGUAACUAAUGAUGAAACCACAGUGGAUGUGUCUAUCCUGGAUACAGACAGUGGCUGGACGGACCCUCAAGAUGAUGACAAAAGUAUCAUGACUGAGAAAAUCGAAGCCCUUCCCCAGACCAAGGGUUUUGUCGCUGCACCUACGGCUGUGGAUUACCCUGCUAAACGGUUUCCUGGCAAAGGAAGGGGCCACCUUGGCAAGGCUGAAUGCAAAAUGCCACGCAAAGCACCAACCUACCAUCCACCAAAAGAGGAAAUAAUAAAGAAAAAAGGCGUGAGGAGGGUUGACCAAAGUAGGGGGUUAGGCCUCCAAAGUCGCUCUCCAUCUCGAAAAUGUGGAGCCAAAGGGGCGGCCAGACAUCCUAGGCCCGCUCCGCUUCACGGCCCGGCUAGGCGCAAGGUCCCAGGCAUGGGGCACCAUCAGCCUCUCAGCGUGGCGCAGCCUUCCAGGGAGAGACCCACUGAGAGAACGUACCGCAGCCCUGAGAAGAGGUCAUCCCUCCCCAGGCCGGCCAAGUCUCUGACUCGCCACAUUCCUGCUGCUGAACAGGAGGACAGCACCCCCUCAAGGCCAACUUCGAUCCGAACCGACUCCAGAGGAGACAGCAGGUCCGGAAGAACCCCUAGUAUGGCAGGCACAGAUUCGGCGCGGUCCCGCUCAGUCCGCAGUGGGGCCUCCACCCCUGGCUCUGCCGUCACACCGGGUACUCCGCCUAGCUACACCUGCCGCACCCCGGGUUCACGAACCCCUGGCAGCCACACGCCCAAGUCUUUCAGCGUCCUCCAGGAGAAGAAGGUGGCGGUGAUCCGGACCCCGCCUAAGUCUCCUUCGUCGGUUCAGCGGCAGCUGAAGGUCAUCAACCAGCCUCUUCCUGACCUGAAGAAUGUAAAAUCCAAGGUCGGGUCAACGGCCAAUCUCAAGCAUCAGCCAAAAGGAGGACAGGUUCAGAUUUUAAGUGAGAAGCUGGACUUCACUCAUGUUCAGUCAAAGUGCGGCUCCAAGGACAAUCUGAAGUACACGCCAAAAGGAGGCAAUGUUCACAUCCAGACCAAGAAGAUCGACUUGAGCCAUGUCACCUCCAAAUGUGGCUCCAUGUCCAACAUUCAUCACAGACCAGGGGGAGGACAUGUCCGUAUUGAGAGCGUGAAGCUGGAUUUCAAAGAUAAGGCCCAUGCCAAGGUCGGCUCCCUGGAUAACACCAGCCACAUUCCCGGGGGAGGGAACAUCAUGAUCGAAAGCCACAAACUUAACUUCCGGGAAACCGCCAAAGCUCGCGUGGACCAUGGCGCAGAAAUCAUCGUCACCCACUCCCCCGGGAUUGAGACGGGAGGCACCUCCCCUCGCCUGUCCUCCAGCGGCAGCAUCAACAUAAUGGAGUCGCCCCAGCUCUCCACGCUGGCACAGGACGUCACCGCCGCCCUAGCCAAACAGGGUUUAUGAGCUUUUUGGACGUCCCUCAGAACAAAUCUGCGCAAUUAGUCCCUCCUGCUCACCGUUGUCGCCCUCCCCCAACAUCCAGUUUGGCUCAUUCCACGCAACAUGACCCCAAUGCACAUAACCUCAGCAGAUGUAACUAAUCGGCUGUGUUGUUCAUCCGUUCAGAUUUUAAAGACUGAAUUCUCUGGUCUUUAAAAAAAAAUAAAAAAAAGGGAAACCUCUCGGUUCAUUCCACCACACAGAUAUAGACGUUUCUGUUUCGGAUUUGAUUGGCCGAAGUGGCUGCGAUUGUUUCGAAAGCGGUUUUUACGAUUGUAUGAUGAGUUUGGAAGACCACAACUCCUGAAUUUAUACGGUACUGAAUGCGAUUUAAUGCUACUAGAUCAUUGUAAAGAGAAGGGGCAUCUGGAGUCAAGAAGUAAUCUCUAUGUCAUGUAUUUGUUCUGACCCACUGCUGAACUACUUUAGUGGCGGGGCAUAGAGAUACUGUAACUUCUUGACUCCUGAUCCCCCAUCUUUGAUUAACGUUGUCUUAAAGGAUACAGAUGUGUGUGAAACUUGAGGGAAAAACGCAAAAGAAUGGCUGACAAAUGGGCAUGUCUGCUGAAACGUGACAUCGGUUUGUCCGUACGUUUGUCCGUAUGUCGGGAUUUUAAUGUUUUCUUUUCUGCUGCGUUUACUUUUUUACGUAAAUGUUACUGUAGUGUUAAAGUUUUGUACUCCCCCCCCCCGUGGCUGCUCUGUCUUAUCGGCCUUUAUAACCACGGCCGUUGUGUAAAAUGUUGAGCAAUGAACGGCUAGCUUUCUGGUAGUUUUUUUUUUUUUUUUUCCUUAAAAGCUGCCUGUUUACGUUCAUUUUUAUAUUUGCGCUGUAGUUUUUCAAGAUCUCAUAAUACUGUUGUGCUGGCAUGGCAAAAAAAA